AAUAUUAAAUCCACAUCUCUUUUUCUAUCCAUUCUACUCCUUCAUCAAAACCAACCAUCUCCUAUUUUCCCUCCUAUAUAUUUCCCUCUUCCAAAACCACAAAACAUUAUUCUUCCAAAAAAAGACCAAAACAUUAUUUUAACAUUAUAACAUACUUAAAUCUUCAUUCUUUUCAUAUAUGGGCACUCUUGUAGGACAUGUAGCUCCUGGUUUUGCUUUCUUAAUACUAGGGCUAUGGCACCUUUUCAACCACAUCAAACUCCAUAUUAAAAAUCCAAAUUCAUACAUUUCACCAACAUGGUUCCCAACAUCAAAAUUCAAAUACCUAGAACUUUACCUAAUCAUGUUAGCCACAACAGCUUCAAUCUCAAUGGAACUUUUCAUCGGGCCCGCCCGACACCAACCCUUCGAUACAGACGGAACAAUCCCCUCAUAUCAUCUCCAUAACUUCGAACACGCUUUGAUCUCCAUGGCUUUCUUCGCCUACGCCGCAUCCUCCAUAAUCCUUGACAAAAUCGAAAACCAAGCAAAACUUGCCCUAACACAAUUCCUAGCUUCUAUGGCUUUUUUUCAACAGCUUCUUCUCUUCCAUCUUCAUUCAGCUGAUCACAUGGGACCAGAAGGACAAUACCAUCUUCUCUUACAAGUUCUUGUCUUUGUCUCUCUUUCAACUACCCUUUUGGGAAUUCCCAUGCAAAAAAGCUUCUUGGUUAGUUUUGUAAGAUCAUUAAGUAUAUUUUUUCAAGGCUUGUGGCUUAUGGUUAUGGGGUACAUGCUUUGGACACCAAGUUUAAUUGCCAAAGGGUGUUUUAUGAAUUCUGAAGAAGGACAUAAAGUUGUGAGAUGUUCUGAUGAAGAAUCACUUCAUCGUGCUGUUUCACUUGUUAAUAUUUUGUUUAGUUGGUUAGUUAUUGUUGUUGCCGUUUUUGGUGUUUCUUUGUAUUUGGUUUUGACCAAAUAUUAUGGUGCAAAUAAAGUUCGGUAUUUCUCGUUGGGGAUUGAGGAUGAAGAGAGAGAAGAUGUUGAAAAGUUAAGUGAUGAUGUGGAGUCUCAAAAGAGAAACUUAGUUGGCAAACCCAAAAGCUUUAUUCAUGUUGGGCAAAAAACUCUUUCAUCUGUUGACAUAGAAAGGUAGGAAGGGUUAUGACAAAUUAAGAAAGUACGUGGAAAUUAUACUUAGGGGGUGCUUGAUAUUCAAUUUGUGAUUACUUUUAUUUUUAUGAAGAUAAUUUGUGAUUACUUAUUUUUUAUGGAUUCCGCUUGUGUACCAUUAAGGUACCAAUGGUAUAUACUAUUGGCCAAUUAGAGUGUGCCAUCUACCAAUGUUACUUUAUAAAUUCUUUAUUUGAUAUAUUUUUUAAAGGAUGUGUCAUGUGACACAUUUUAAUUGGGCAAUAGUAUAUACCAUUAUAGUACGCAAGUUCUAUCCGUAUUUUACUAGAUUAGUGGGGUCCAUGUAUAUAUUUAUUAAUGUGCCAACAAGAAUGGUUGGCUUAAGGAAACUUUAGUUUUGAGGAUGGGUGGAUAUUGUUUUGUUUGUUGUUUGGAUCUAUAUGGAAGGAUUAUUACUGUUUAAAUGUACUUUUGUGGAGAUAUUAAAGAAAUUUCUUUUAUUAACUUA